UGUUAACGUGGACGUAAACAUGGCGGUGGCGACUGGGUGGCAAAAGGAGGGGGUAGUUCACAUUGCUAAUCCAGGAACACCAUGAGCACACUUAGAUAGAAGCUCUUCCGGGGUAAACAACAAUAUCAGCUGUGUGGAAUCGUCACGUCUAAACUGACAACUUGCCUGAUCUGCUGCCUUCUUUUUGGAUAUAGGAGCCACUACAGUCAUGGAAGACGAAGAACGGCAGAAGAAGCUGGAGGCCGGUAAAGCGAAGUUAGCUGAAUACAGACAGAAGAAGGCACAGGCUGAUGGGCAGAAAAGACUGAAAAAGAAGAAAAAGGUACCAGGCUGUACAGAAGAAGGACAUAUACAAGACUGUCCAGAUCAUGUGCACUCACAGAGUGGAGAAACAAGCCAACAGAGCACAGCAAAAGGGGCUUCCACUGAUGCUGCUGAUUUUAGUAUAUCAAGGACACUUAGAAGUGGAGAUACUAUAAAACAUGAUCAGAUCUACACAAUAGAGCCUGAGAGUGAACUUUCUACAACAGCUGAUGAUUACUCUUCUGAGGUACAUGUGUUAUCAAACAUAAUGGUGAAAGCAAGGCCCACACCGGAAGAUGUGACCAGGGAAGAAGAUAUUGUUAUCUGUGAAAAUCAUUCUAAGCACGAAGCACAGACCUCUCAGACACGGCUGGAAAUGAUGGAGGAAGAGCUGGCUGGAAAACAACAGGCAAUUGAAGAGCUGAGUAGAGAACUAGAAGAAAUGAGAACAGCCUAUGGGACUGAAGGCUUGCAACAGUUGCAGGAUUUUGAAACUGCUGUUAAGCAGAGAGAUGAAAUCAUCACUCAGCUCACAGCAAAUCUACAACUAGCCCAUAAAGAGAGGGACGAGAUCAUGAAGGAGUUUUUAGAACUUACAGAACAAAGUCAGAAACUGCAAAUUCAGUUUCAGCAGUUACAGGUUGGUGAAAACUUGAGGAACACCAGUCACACAACUACUGCUGCAGAUCUUGUACAAGCUAAACAGCAAAUACUUGCAUAUCAGCUACAAAUUGAAGAACAGCAGCUCCAAAUCAGGAAUUCACUGGUUAAAGUCGACGAGUACCAGUUACAAAUACAGCAGUUCAAGGAACAAAUUAUAAAGAUGGAAAAGGUUGCGUGUGAACAUGAGGGAAAUGUAACACAAAGUAUUAAAGAAAAGGAAGAAUUAAUUGAACAGCAUAGCAUAGUUAUUAAAGAACACCAAAAUACAAUAGCAGAAUUAAAUGAAAAAUUAUCUGCAUCAGAUAUGUUGCUUGAAGAUUUAGGCAUGCAACUUCAAAGUAAAUUCCAAGAUUUAGAAAGCCUUACAACUGACUUAAAUAACUCCAGGCAAAGGGAAAAGCAGUCUUCAGACGAAAUAAAGCAGUUAAUGGGAACUGUUGAAGAACUUCAGAAGCGGUACCACAAAGAAAGUCAGUCAGAAAAAGAAAUUAUACAAAGAAUCAAUAUUGAUACACAAAGGAAAAUGGAGCAGUUGCGAGCAGAACUGGAUGAAAUGUAUGGACAACAGAUAGUUAAAAUUAAACAGGAACUAAAUAUACAGCAUAGAAAUGAAAUUGAUAAUUUAAUUACUAAGCACAGGUUGGAGCUUGACCUCUUGAUAUCUUCUGGGAAUGCGUCAAAUCAGGAUCAAAUAAAUACAUUGACAAUGACAAUUAAUGAAUUGAAAGAGAAGUUGCAAGAGACAAAACAACAAAAAGAUCAUGUAAAGCAAGAGCUUUCAGAGGAGCUUGCUAAAGUUACUGAUGAAAGAACACACCUGCAGAGGAAAGUUGAAAAUCUUUUACAGGACCUAACAUCUGCAAAGGAAGAACUUGCCAAAUCUUCUCAAAGUUUUUUAGAGCAAGAAAAUAAAAUUAAUGAGAUUGAAAAACUUAAAGCUGCUGUUGAUGACCUUAAUGAAAGUCUAGUUGCUGCUGCAGAAACUUCAAAGGAGAUGAAAUGUAAUUAUGAAACAGAGAUUACUACUUACAAGAUCAAGCUGGAAAUGUUAGAAAGGGAGAAAGAUGCAGUAUUGGACAGAAUGGCAGAGUCACAGGAAGCUGAACUGGAUAAGGUGAGAACUCAGCUGUUGUUUAGCCAUGAGGAGGAACUGACGAAGCUUAAGGAAGAUCUGAAACAAGAAAGCGAGUUGAGCAUUGAAAAUUUAAAAAAUGAGCUGGAGUUGAAGUAUAAGCAGAACCUUGAAAUGAUGCAAACUACCCUUAAUGAACAACUAGAUGAAUUAAAAGCUGAAAGAGAUUGUUUAAGUUUGGAAAAAGAGAACCUCUUAGGUGAAAUCUCAAAAAUGAAUGAAAAAUUAUGUCAGCAAAUGGAAAACUGUAAAAUCGAGGAAAUGGCUUUAAAAGUCAUGCAGCUUCAGGCUGAAAUUGAAGAGCUAAGAAAGGAAGAAAAAGAAAAGGGAACAUUGGAUCAAGAAAUACAAGAACUUCAAGCUAAAAAUGAUGUGUUGCAAAAACAAAUGAAAGAGAAAGAGGAUGUAAUGAGCAGACAAAUCAGUGAGCUUACAACUGAAAAUUAUUUGCUGAAGCAAUCAAAGGAGGCAUUAGAGGAAAAAGUGCAAUCCAUUAACUUGACAGGUGACUUACGUGAGCAUUCUUUUGCACUUAGUGCUCAGCCCCAGUUACAGACACUUAUUUCUGAGAAUGAGGAUCUUAAAAAGUAUAUUGCUCAGUUAGAAGAAGAAAUUCAAACACAAAAAAAUACUUUUUCUUUUGCUGAGAAAAACUUUGAAGUUAAUUAUCAGGAACUGAAAGAUGAAUACACAUGCCUUUUAAAAGUAAAAGCUAAUUUAGAGGAUCAGAUGGUAAAAGAAACUGCUAAAUACCAAAGUGAUCUCAAAAACUUGCAAAUGCAGAUACAAGAUCUACAAAGUAGUAAAGUAGUAGAUCUCCCUGGAUCUACUUUGCCAGAAUCUAAAGAACUCAAGAGACCUGAGGUGAUGGAUGGGGAGAUUAUUGAAAAAGAUGCAACAGAAUUAAUGGAAAAGCUAGUAGCUAUACAAAGGGAAAAACACGAAUUGACCUCAAGAUUGGCAGAAACAUAUGAGGAAUUGAAUGUAAAGCAAAAUGAAAUUAAUCAGCUUCAUAUUAAGCUUGAGGCUCUAAAAGCUGAAAAUGAACAAACUUUUGCAAAAUGUCUAGAGCUGGAGCAAAUUCAAUCAAAAUUACAAGGGGGUUCUUUUCAUAACCAGAACAUGGAAUACAUGCAGUCCUCUAUAGUCACAGUUUCAGAGGCUGCUGAGAGUGAUAUGUGUACAGUCAAGGAUCAUUUUCAACAAAUAUCACUUUUGGAAGAGAAAGUGUCUAUGCUACAGGGGUCCUUGGAGAAUGCAUAUGUAGAAAUAAAGAAACUGCAUGAAGAGCAGGUGGUCCUCAGUGAAGACAAGGAAUCUCUGUUAGGUGAACUCCAUGUUCUUAAAGAGAAACCUAACGCGGAAACACUUGCUCUCAUUGCUGAGCCAGACAGAGAACAGCUGCAACAGUUGGUGGACUCAUUAAGGACUGAACAAUUGGGGCUAGCAAAGCUUGUUCAACAGAAGACAUUAGUGGAAGAAUCACUCCAGAAAAAGCUACAUGAAAAAGAUAAGGAACUGGUUAAACUAAAUGAAAAGAUAUUAAUUUUACAAGAACAACUGAAUAAGCUGCAUCAGGAAGGUGGUGAGAUAGAGCUGCUUGAAGAAGACAAGAAGCAUGAACAGCAGUCUAUCAGCUGUAUUAGGAAAGAAAUGGAGUUAAGCCCUUCUCAAAAAUCGGUUAACUGGAAUGUAGAAGCAGAUUUUAAACUACAGAUGGAAGCACAGCACAUAAGUCUGACUCAGAUCUAUGCUGCUCAGCUUGAUCUAUUACGGGAAAGUCUGGAGUCUGAAAAAGAGUGCUGCCUUCGUCGUCUUGAAGAGGAUCUUACAAUUUGCCACAGACAGGAGAUUAAAAUACUUAAAGAAAACUAUAAUAAGGAGCUUAACAUAUUGAAAAAACAAAAAUCAGAUUUUUGUGAUGGCUUGAGAUCUACACACAAUCAAAUUCGUACGCUCCUGAAGAUGACAUCAGAAGAAUGCAAGCAAUAUAUUUUGUCUUAUAAAAAUAAAUUAGGAUUGAAGUACCAGGAAGUAUUUCAAGAUAAAGAAGAUAAAGAAGAUGCUAAAUUAAAAAAGGCUGUAAAUGUAUUCAGUAUGAGAAGCAAGGAAUCUUCUGAUCCUCAUGAUGUUCUUAACGAAGUUAAAGACUUGCAUGAAGAUCUGCAAAGUUUGAGGGAGCAGAUAUUAUGGGAUUACAAUUGCCUGGAAGAACUUCAUACAUCGUUGAGAACUGACCUCAGUAAGUUGGAUGAACUUCAGAUAGCUUAUGAUCAUCUGAAGUGCAAAAAUGAAGAAGUAUCUAAUGUUGAAGCACAAAAAGAGUGCUUGCAUGAUACUAAAGAAGGUCUAGAUAUCCAGUCUGCACACUUGGAAAGUACUGAACAGCUGAAAAGUAAUUUCAGUCAGCAAAGAGCACGGAUAGAGGAUCAACAUAAUCAAGAAAUGAAACUUCUGCAAGAGUACUAUCAGCAACAGAUCAAAGAAACUGAUGAGAGAUAUGUUACUGAGAUAAUGGCUCACCAGAAGAGGGUUCAUAGCUCUGAAGAUAAAUUCAGUGGAUCCCAAAUUGUUUUACCAAAGGCUUCAUCUGUGGAGCAGCAGUAUGCUGAAGAAAUCAAGCUGGAGGAUGUUGAUUUGGCAACAGGCUUCAGAUGCUCUAUAAAAUCAUUUGGACUUACUCAUCAGUUACAGACAUUAAGAAGAGCUCUUUAUGCCAAGUAUCUUCAAGAGGUUUCUGCUCUGAAGGAUCAGCACAAGACGGAAGUGGACAUUCUAAAACAGAAGCAUAGAGAAGAGAUUGAAUCCCUGCAUCAGCAAAUUCUGAAAUUAACCGCACAUAAUCAAGACCAAGAAAAUACAAUAUUCAGUAGCAGCACAACAGCUGGACUUUGUGCUGAUGAGCAAAAUAAAUUUGCACAAAUGACUAAGGCAAUGGAGAAAAAGCACCAAGAAGAAAUAGAAGAAGCGAUAGCAAAGGUUAUUGUUCAGCUUUCUAUAGAAUUUGCACAGCAAAAUGAAUUGGAUAGAAUUACUUUUCAAGAAAGAAAAACAACAUCAGAGGUUCAAACACUUUCUGAAGAAUUGGAAGGAGAAGCAUUAAAUAAGGGGCCUAAUGAAACAUGUCCUUUAGCAAACCUUUCAGUAGUCAAAGAAUUUGAGGAUGAACAGCUUGAAGAUUUACGUCAGGAGUUGGUUCGUCAAGAUCAGGAACAUCAGCUUAUUGUAGAGGAUUUAAAACAUGCCCACAUGCAACAGCUUGAAAGACAAAAAGAAGAGCAAGAGAAGCUUCUUACAGAGCUGAAAAUGUUAAGAUCACAGCUUGUAAAGCUUACUUCAGUAAAUGGCUCUAGAGAAGCAGAAACCCAAACUGCUGAGGAGACAAGAUUGUUUUUUUUGAGUGGAAAAGAAGUCCCAAAGACACAGAUCAGAAGUACACAGACUGAAAUGAAUGAGGAAACCCAUUCAGGAUCCCAAGAAGAAGAGACUCAGUCCAAACCAGCAGAAGCGCAUGAUAGAACUUGUGAAGAACCAGCCUCAGAUUUGGUUAGUUUUGAAAGAAACCUCUUACAAAAGACAAAUGAAAGACUGCGGCAAGUUUUGUCAGAUGUACUGAAGACAACUGCUGCCAUGGAAGAGACAAUUGGUCGCCAUGUUGAAGUUUUGUUGGAACAAUCUGGCAAAGCUGCUUUACAUAGUACAUCAGAAGAACCUGAUAAACUCUGUUGUACAAGCAUUCAUGCAACUAAACCAGAAAAUUAUUCUGAGCCGAGCCAUGCAAGCAGGACUGGUGAAGAUGAUGCACAUAUCUGGUCUGGAGAUUCGGGCAAGAGUCUGGAAGUGUCACAGGAGAUUACUGCAAUGAAUUUUCCAGCAGAGGAACUUGAUCUUGAAAAUGAGGUGUUUAUGAUGAGCAUCAGCACUCGGCUUCAAGCAGCUGUUGGAAAACUUCUAGAGGCUAUCACUGAAACUACAACCAAGCUUGAACAUGCCAGAAUUACACAGACAGAACUUAUGAGAGAGUCUUUCAGGCACAAUGCAGAGAUUAAUGAAUUACAGCAACGGCAGGAAGAACUUCAAGAGCUGCUUUGUGAAGAGACCAAGGAGAAGGAACAGCUGGCUCUGGAACUCCACAAAGCUGAAGGAAUAAUUGAUGGGUAUCUUGAUGAAAGAACAGCAUUGGAAAAGCAAGUUCAAAUGAAAACAGAGCUUAUUUCGCAUCUUGAGCAGGAGUUGCAUUCAACUAACAGCCGUCUACAAGAACUCGAUGAAGAGCGACAAAGUAUUCAACAGCAAAGAGAGCUAUUGUCCAGACAACAGGAUGCAAUGAAGAACUCUGCAGGGUCCAGGGAGCUGCGCCUAGUUGACGCUGCAGUUGAUGCAGCACCCGAAGCAGAUCUCCUUGAGGAGACAGAGAAGUUAAUGAAGGAAAAAGUGGAAGUACAGCUCCAAGCAGAAAAGGAGCACAGUGAUCUUCUAAAACAAGUAAAGACGCUUGAAUUGGAGCUUGAGGAACAGAUUAACAAAGUUGGAGAACUGGAGCAGGACAAGACUGUGGAAGUCUCUGACUUGAGGCAGCAAAUACAGGCUUUGGAAAAGCAGCUGGAGAAGAAUAGAAAAUUUUUGGAUCAACAGGCAAUUGACAGAGAACAUGAACGGGAUGUUUUUCAGCAAGAGAUUCAUAAAUUAGAGGAGCAGCUAAAAACCCCACAAAAACUGCAGCCCUGCUCUGAGCAAAACCACACUGAGAUUGAGAUUCUCAAGAAACAGUUGCAUCAUAAAACAGAUCAAUGCAGUGAACUUCUUCUUCAGAUGGACCAGUUUCAGAGGGACAUUCAAGAGCGUGAUGAAGAGAUUGACAAAAUGAGUAACAGAAUAAGAGAGCUGGAAAAUGUUUUGAUCAACAACUCUGAAAAGUUGCAGAAGAUGGAAGUAAGAAAACAGCUAGCUACAAGUGAAGUAAUGCUGGACUCAGUUCUUGAAGCACAACUGCAAACUGAACGUGACGCUUUGGACAGAAAGGAAAAAGAGAUCUCUAACCUAGAAGAACAAUUGGAACAAUUUAGAGAAGAAUUGGAAAAUAAGAAUGAGGAAAUUCAGCAAUUAAACAUGCAAAUGGAAAUCCAACGGAAAACAUUAGGCACUCUGCAGCAGGAGCUUGAAAAUCAGAACCUAUUGCUCAAGAAUGAAAUUGCAAGUUUGCAGCAGUCACAGCAUGAGUCUGAGAAUGUUUCCAUUGAUGAUCAUAAACUGGUAAUUGGAAAACUCUCUCAAGUUAUUCAUGAAAAAGAACAUGAAGUAGAAAGUUUAAAUGAACAGAUUGAAAAGCUGCAACAACAACUAGAAUUUUCACGGGACAAAAAGGUGAUUGACAAAAAAAAUGAACAAAUCAAAGAGCUUGAAUCUCAAGUAGAAUUUCAAAGAAGUGAUUUAGAGCGUUUAAAAAUUAAAAGUGAAGAUGAAAUAGAACAACUAAAUGAAGUCAUAGAAAAGCUACAGCUAGAACUUGCACAUAUUGAGAACAAAUCACAAGAUGUCUACAAUUCUGAGGAAGCGCAACACAUCGACAAAUCCUUGGUCAAAAUGUUGAAAGAAGAGGAUUCAGAUAGACAAAGAGAGAAAGGGAGUGAAGAAGUAAAUUUACCCAAGGAGGAGUUUGAAGCAAUGAAGCAAAAUAUUUAUUUAACAAAUCAGGAAUUAGAAUUUCUUAAAGGUGAUCGUAUGAAACUGUUGGAUAAAAUUUCCCAUUUAGAACAUUCACUUGCAAUAAAUGAAGAUUCCGCACACAAGGUGAAAUUGUUGGAGGAGGUCCUUCAAGAAAAAACUGCGACAUUGUUAGUAAUUCAGGCAGAACUAAAUGCAGUUGAAGAAAGUGCUAAUUCUCACAUCACUAACUUGGAAGAUAAAUUGGAAGAGCUUGAAUUUGCUGUUCAGAAAAAGGAUACAGAAUUUAAUCAAUACUACAUUAGAGCAAAAGACAUUGAAAAUGAUAAUGUUGUCCUACAACAAAAGGUUCUUGAGCUAGAAGAAAGAUUAAACCAAGGUACACAGUCUCCUUCCCUAAACCAAGCAUCACAUAGCACUUUAAAGAAACAAUCAAAUAUAAACACCAAAGAACUUUAUGACAAUCAGGGAAAAAAUGAGGAGGUGAUUCCAGAAAUAGUAUCAAUAGAAACGGAAGCAGUUGCUGAAAACAUCUUGGUUGUAGAUGGAGAUUCACAGAAAGAUGAGGAGACUCAAAACAGCAUUGUGGAAGAGUCUGAAACAAAAUUAAACCGUUUAAUAGUUAAACUUGCAGAUUUAGAAGAAGAGCUAACUGAACUGAAUGAAAAUCAGGAAUUGCAGAGGCAGUUACUCUACAGUACUGAAAAAGACAAAGCAGAAUAUGAGAAGAAAUUAGCCAAGCUGACUGUCCUCUUAGAGUUGAUGAGAAAGCCUGCUGUAGAAAAAGAAAACCUGCAAAGAGUUCUUGGAAGUGUAAAGGUACCAGACUCAGAUAAGAGUGAUGAAGAAAAUUCUUCCAUGUUCAGUAUACGUCUAGAGUUGGAAGCUGUUAAAUCUCAAGCUGCAGCUACAGAAGAAGAUCUAAAUUACCAUAGAAAACAGGCAGAAGAUCUUAAGGGUUACUUAAAGGAAAAAGAACUUGCGAUCCUACACCUUCAAGAUGCACUUCAACAGGUAACAGAAAUGAACAAAGGGACCACUUAUGAUCUUCAGACAGAAUUAGAGGAGGUCAAAUCAGAAGCUGUUGCCACAAAGGAGGAGCUGAACAGCUGCAGAGAACAUGCAGAAAAGCUAAAGGAUGAAAUCCAAGUGAGGGAGAUUACAAUAAAGCAACUACAAGAAGAACGUCAACAGUUGAAAAAUUCUUUAGCAGAGGCCCAGAAACAGCUGGAUUCUGAGAUUUUAAAAUCAGUUGGCACAUCACUUGAUGAAAAACAAAAGCCUGAAAAUGAAAGUAAUCUCACCUUUUUCAAAGAUAAGUCUUCACUCCCCAGAAUAAAUGCUUCAUCACAAACUGAUGAGGCUGUAACAUUCGGUGACAAUUCUGUGCUUGAACAUGCUAUACUGAAAGAUGCUGAAGUCCAAAUUGAUUUCAAGGACCAAAAUGACUCUUCGGAGGAGAUUGCUGAAAUGAUACGAAGUUACACUGAAAAAAUUGGUCAAAUGCAAGAGCUCCAUGCUGCUGAAAUCAUGGAUAUGGAGACUAGGCACAUUUGUGAAAGUGAAAGUUUGAAGAGGGAUUCUCACUUUCUUAGGGAGGAGUGCAAGGCUUUAAAUAAUAUGGUUGCAAAAAUGAACUCCACAGAGGCUGUCUUUGCGUCUGGUUUUCAAAGUUCAUCUGAAUAUAAGGAUGAAUAUGCAAGUGACAGUGGCUCAGAUCUGAGCCAGCGAUUAUAUUUGACUUCAGAACCUGAAAGACAGGAGUACAGAACCAUACCAGAAGAGCAAUGGAGGGAGAAUGAAGUAUUUUCUUCUGAAGUGUUGCCAGAGAGAAUUAAGAAUCUGCUGAGAGAAGUCCACCAAGAAGGAAUGCAAAUCCUUUCUUUGUCAGAAGCCAGCUACCCUGAAGAAAAGCCCUUGUCUUCAGAUCUUUUUUCAGAAACCUGGCAGAAGGAAAGACAGGCAUUAAUAGAUACUGUGGAGUCACUGAAGAUUUUGAUUACAAAAAUGCAAGUUCAUAGAAAAGAAGAGCCAUCUUUAGAUUUUGCAUCAGCAGAAGACCAUACAGACUGGCGAGGAGACCUCCUACAAGCUGUCCAACAAAUUUUCCAGAAGGAGCAUGGUAUUCUGAAACAUACUCUUGUAUCAUUAGCUCAUUCCCUAGAAACCAGUGACUCUAUGAUGUAUUUGAACCAACUGGUACACACAAUUAAUGAACAGCAUUUACGUCAUAAGGAAGCCUUAGAGUUUCUCCAGAAAUCUGAUAGAAGGAACCUUCUUAUGGAAAUUAAGCAGCUACAGGAUAGGUUGCAUUCAGUUCAACAAGAUGUCACCCAAGAAGAGGAAGGGAUCCAUUUAUUAAGUGUGUCAAUAAACCAGGAUGGACAGAGCCAACAGAGUACCCCAGAAAUUCAGCAGAUUUUCAUUAAGCCUGAAUCAAGAGAGGCAAUGGAAAGCAUUCAAGAGUUGCAGGAGUUGCUUCAGUCUGAAAGAACAUUGGUAGCUAAGCUCAAAACUGAGAUUGCACAGACCAAAGUGGAACUGGAAACCACACUGAAAGUACAGCAUAAACAUCUUAAAGAAAUGGAAAUACUAAGGCAGGAAAUAACUGAAAAGUCUGCAGAGAUAGAUGUGCUCAAUGAUGUUUUAGCAUCAGUACAGAAAAAAUCUGGAGAGCUUCAUCGGGUUUCUGAAAUAGAGAGAUGUAAAUCAGAACAAAACCAAGAUAGAGAGAGGGGAGAAAUGGAGGAUUUAGAAUUUCCACUUGAGGACCAGGCAUAUCAAAACCGUCAACUAGGCAGCAGUGUUGAACAUGAAGAUCAAGCAGUCAGUUUAUUGAAGAAGCAAAUUGAGAUGGAGAAAUCACUUCAUGAAUCUCAACUAUCCCAUGAGAAAAAUCGCAUAUCAGAGUUACAAGUACUACUGGAGUCAGAGAGAGCUCGUGCCAUGGAACUGAGUAAUAGGUUGGAACAACAAAAGUCAUUGUGGAGUCAACUCGAACAGCAAACUUCCCAGCAAGCAACAGCAGAAAGAGCUGUGGAAGGACAGAACAUCCAAGAGGCACCGAGUGUAAGGCCUAUGGAACAACUACUUGUAGACUUAGAAGACCAGUUGGAUGAGAAACACAACCGUAUUGUGGAACUUGUUGGAGAUAUGGAAAAGUAUAAGCUAGAAAUUGUGCAAAUAAAACAGCAACUGGAUGAAGAAAAGCAGAUUCAUCAGGCAGAUAUAUUGAAGGAGAAAGAUGCUUGCAAAAUACUACAAGAGGAAGUAAAACAGCUCCGUUACCAUAAAAAAGAAGUGGAAGAACAGCUGGAUAAACUUAAACAGCAAGUUUUUGUUCUUCAACAAGAGAGAUAUGGUCUUCAAGAUAAAAUAAAACAGAUCCAAGACAAGAAGGGUCCUGAGGAUUAUCAGGAUAAAGCAGAAAUCCUGGAGCAAUUAGGAGGAGAAAAGUCUCAGUGGGAAGGUGACAGGACAAGAGAAUGGAUUAACCAGCAGAAGUUGCCAGAAGUUUUGGCUAGAGAUUCCAGUGCUCCCUCAUUGGAUGAGGUCAAUGAAGAAGUGCCAUCACCUCUGAACUCAAAGUACCUUGACAACAUUUUCCAAAGACUUCAUCUGUUCAGCUCUAAGCUCAAGACACUGGCAAACAAAGCCUCAAGCAAACUCAACUUUGAAACCACAGACGAAGAAGAGUUUUUAUGGUUACAGAACAGCAUUCAGGAUGUGGUGUCUCAGCUUCAGCAAUUAACAAUGAUCCCUCCAGCAGAAAUUAGUGGAGUCGUACACAACAGGAGUGCUUCUGGCUCCCUGACUGAACGGCUGCUGAGACAAAAUGCAGAAUUGACUGGGUUUGUGAGUCGCUUAACUGAAGAAAAAAAUGAUCUGCGCAAUUCUGUCAUCAGACUUGAAGAGGAAUUGAGGCGCUACCGUCAGUGUAGCUUUGGUGGCUAUGAUUAUUCCAACAGGAAAGUAUUGGAUAACUGGGAUACUUUAGAUGUCAUUCAUACUGAUCGAGAAACAUGGGCCAGAGAGAAAUGCAACCUAGAGAAGUCACUCAGGCAAGCAGAAGCAGAGGUGUCCAAACUGAGGGCAGAACUCCGAAAUGAUGCACUCUGCAGAGAAGUGGCUGGCAGUGAUGGAGAAAGUGCCAUGUUAAAGAGACUCUAUGGUAAAUACCUGCGAGCUGAAAGUUUCAGAAAAGCUCUGAUUUAUCAAAAGAAGUACCUGCUUUUAUUGUUAGGUGGCUUCCAGGAGUGUGAAAAGGCCACACUGUCUCUUAUUGCCAGAAUGGGAGGACACCCCUCACACACAAGCUUGGAUAUAAUAACUCAUCACUGUAGGGCAUUUAUCAGAUUCAGAUCUAUUGUUAGAGUUUCCAUAGCUGUUUCUAGGAUGAAGUUCUUGGUACGAAGAUGGCAGCGGGUCACUGAAUCAGGAUCUAUUUCCAACUCUAGCAUUAACCGAAAUGGAUAUGGUCAUUUACCAGGAAGUCUAGAAACCUAUGGAGAACGUAGGCAUACCAGUAGAGCUCGAUCAGGAAUGGAAUCUCCAAGGUCAGCGUUAUCUGUACAGAAUAGGUACCAGUCAGGUCCAGCAGAUUCAAAUUCAGGACCUCUUCCAUGCUCUCAUCUUCAAAAUUAUGAUCCCGAUCGGGCACUGACUGACUACAUUCAUAGGCUGGAAGCUCUUCAGAGGAGAUUAGGGUCUGUACCCUCAGGGUCGGUGUCCUACACUCAGUCGCACAUUGGCACAAGAAGAUAAAGGCGUGAGGCUGCUGGAUGCACUUGAAACGCUUGAAUUGCUUUUUCCAAAUGCUGAGCUGCUGUUCUUUUGUGUAUAUGUGUGGGACCACAAUCAAUUUGUUACCCCUUUUUUGCUAGCAUAUCAGAAAAGGUCGAAACUCUGUGUAUAUUAGUUUGCUUUUUUGUUGUGCAUAAUUAGGAAGUUUCAAAAUGUAUAUUUGUGGAAUGCUAAUUUAAAUUAAUUCUGUUGUUCUGUUUGUCUCGUAUGGAUGGAACUGGAGCCGAGUGUGUGGAGUGACAUACAAUGCACUAACGCGGGAGGACUGGUGAGGUUUUACAAAACUGUUGUUUAUUAAUUCCUGGCACUGUGGACUGAGAAAAUUGUUUGUAGAGAACUAUUUUUCUAAUGGUAGAAGCUUUGAAUUUUAUGGGAAUCUUGUUAAUUUAAAAUAAAGAGGAAUAUUUCAGAAACACUUUCCACAUGGUUUGUUUAGGUUAACUUGUACAUUUUCAGAAUAAAUCUGGUUUUUAAAAUGUA